AUGUUUGUGCGGAUUGAUCUACUUUGCCAGGAAUCAGACGUGCUCUUUCUUUUUCGCUUCAACCAUACACCCAGCAGUCUCAACCACUCCUCCCCCUGGAUGCACGUUGAAGACAACACCCACUUAACCCUACAAUGUCUCAGCCUAUCCCUCUCACCACUCAAGGCCUUCCUCAAAGAAGUCCGUACCUAUCCUCGCAAGGUCUCCGAAUCCACCAUCUCAAUCUACCGCACGCAAUCCACACCUCGAGAUAUCCACUGGAUGCCCGUCGCCACUCGCCUACCCCGGGACAUCUCCACCAUCAUCCUGAACGAGAACAAGAAACAGAAGAUUCUCCAGGAUAUAACCGAGUACCUACACCCUCAGGGCAGACAGCGGUGGCGAUCCAGGCGAUCAGGAGAAGCAGAAGAUAGAAGACGAGAAGGAGAAACUGCAGGAGCUUGCGGACGGGGGUUCCUGUUGCAGUAUAAACGGGAGCCUGAGAAGGCAUGUGAGAAUGUUGCUGGUUGGGUUGAGGAGGAUUUGGGCGUCGAUGAUGAACAAACUACUAAUACUGAGGAGGACCGUGACAAAUAG